AUGGGCCCCGCCAUCGGUAUUGACUUGGGUACCACCUACUCGUGUGUUGGUAUCUACCGUGAUGACCGCAUCGAAAUCAUUGCCAAUGACCAGGGUAACCGCACAACUCCCUCGUUCGUUGCCUUCACCGACAGCGAGCGUCUCAUCGGUGAUGCCGCCAAGAACCAGGUCGCCAUGAACCCGGCCAACACAGUCUUCGAUGCUAAGCGUCUGAUCGGCCGCAAGUUCGCCGACGCUGAGGUCCAGGCUGAUGCCAAGCACUUCCCCUUCAAGAUCAUCGACAAGGCCUCCAAGCCCGUCAUCGAGAUCGAGUUCAAGGGCGAGACCAAGCAGUUCACCCCCGAGGAAAUCUCGUCCAUGGUCCUCAUCAAGAUGCGUGAGACCGCCGAGGCCUACCUCGGUGGCGACGUGAACAACGCUGUCAUCACUGUCCCCGCUUACUUCAACGACUCCCAGCGUCAGGCUACCAAGGACGCCGGUCUCAUUGCCGGUUUGAACGUCCUUCGUAUCAUCAACGAGCCCACUGCUGCCGCCAUUGCCUACGGUCUCGACAAGAAGGUCGAGGGCGAGCGCAACGUUCUCAUCUUCGAUCUCGGUGGUGGUACUUUCGAUGUUUCCCUCCUUACCAUUGAGGAGGGUAUCUUCGAGGUCAAGGCCACCGCCGGUGACACUCACCUGGGUGGUGAGGACUUCGAUUCUCGCCUUGUGAACCACUUCGUUACUGAAUUCAAAAGAAAACAUAAGAAGGAUUUGACUACCAACGCCCGUGCUCUCCGCCGUCUCCGCACUGCUUGCGAGCGUGCCAAGCGCACCCUGUCUUCCUCCGCCCAGACCUCGAUUGAAAUCGACUCUCUCUUCGAGGGUAUUGACUUCUACACCUCCAUCACCCGUGCUCGUUUCGAAGAGCUCUGCCAGGACCUCUUCCGUGGCACCAUGGAGCCUGUCGAGCGUGUCCUCCGUGACGCCAAGGUCGACAAGUCCACCGUCCACGAGAUCGUCCUUGUCGGUGGUUCCACCCGUAUCCCCAAGAUCCAGAAGCUUGUCAGCGACUUCUUCAACAAGGAGGCCAACAAGUCCAUCAACCCCGAUGAGGCCGUUGCCUACGGUGCUGCCGUCCAGGCCGCUAUUCUCUCCGGUGACACUUCCUCCAAGUCCACCAACGAGAUCUUGCUGCUCGAUGUUGCUCCUCUGUCCGUCGGUAUCGAGACUGCCGGUGGUGUCAUGACUGCUCUCAUCAAGCGCAACACUACCAUCCCAACCAAGAAGUCCGAGACCUUCUCUACCUACAGUGACAACCAGCCCGGUGUGCUGAUCCAGGUCUACGAGGGUGAGCGUGCUCGCACGAAGGACAACAACUUGCUUGGCAAGUUCGAGCUCACUGGUAUCCCCCCCGCUCCUCGUGGUGUUCCUCAGAUCGAAGUUACUUUCGACAUGGACGCCAACGGUAUCAUGAACGUCUCUGCCAUUGAGAAGGGUACCGGUAAGAGCAACAAGAUUGUCAUCACCAACGACAAGGGCCGUCUCUCCAAGGAGGAGAUUGAGCGCAUGUUGGCUGAGGCCGAGAAGUACAAGGAGGAGGACGAGGCCGAGGCUUCCCGUAUCCAGGCCAAGAACGGUCUCGAGUCGUACGCCUACUCCCUCAAGAACACCAUCGGCGAGGGCAAGCUCAACAUCGAGGCUGCCGACAAGGAGAAGCUCGAGGCCGAGAUCGAGAAGACCAUCAGCUGGCUCGACAGCAACCAGACCGCCACCAAGGACGAGUACGAGUCCCAGCAAAAGGAGCUCGAGACCGUUGCCAACCCCAUCAUCUCCGCUGCUUACGGUGGUGCUGGUGGCCCCCCUGGUGCCGCUCCCGGUGCCACUGGCGCCUCCUCCACUCGCACUGCUGACGAGGUUGAGGAGCACCCUGAGGAGCUCGACUAA